CUCUGAACUUGUUAAGAGGACGGACGAGGAGGAAAUUGUAGUGUUUAUGUUAAGUUGUUGUUGAAAGCUAAGCCGCGGCGUUUAGCUCCAGCACGCUAGCUGUUCCUCAUGUCCUAGCUCACUUGAUCAAAUACUGCUCAUUUCACUUCAGAUAAAAAGUCACUAGCGCCCUGAAACGGUGCAGUGUGUGAUUAAUAAUAAAUGAGAAGUUAUAACAGAAGAGACUUUGUGCCUCGGAGCAACUUCCUCUGGAUUGAAAGCAGAUAAUCAAAUCGGAAACCAGGAUGUUCUCUCACACGGAGAGGAAAUCAGCUGCGUCCUAAACCGCGUAAUCCAUUACUAAAUAGUGUAGGGGAAUAUGACGUCACCUGCGGCUACCACCUGUACCUGUGACAUUUUGUAGAAGUGAUAUUUUAGGGCGGUAGUAUGCGGUUUAGGACACAGCCGGUGUCUAUUGCAAGCCUCGGGGUGACUGCAGAGGUAGUCCAACAGUGCUGUGAUAAUCUGACUGCUGAUUAAAUGAAGCUUCUGCUUCAGGGUUGGUGUGUGUGUGUGUGUGUGUGUGUGUGUGUAUUUUGCUAGGCCCAGUCUACUUGUAGGUUAAUUAGGAAAUUGAGUAAAUUUCCUCUAAAUUGUGAAUUAUCUAACUAACCUGCUGAAAUUGUCAGCUUUAGACUACACAUAGUCCGACUAAAAUUUAGACCGGUAGACCAUGUUCAUCAGCUGCUAAGUGCUGGAAAAUUCUGGAUUAACACUACUCACUCGACGCCACAGAUUACUCGCUCGACGCCACAGAUUACUCGCUCGACGCCACAGAUUACUGACUCAACACCACAGAUUACUGACUCAACACCACAGAUUACUGACUCAACACCACAGAUUACUGACUCAACACCACAGAUUACUGACUCAACCCCACAGAUUACUGACUCAACCCCACAGAUUACUCACUCAACCCCACAGAUUACUCACUCAACCCCACAGAUUACUCACUCAACCCCACAGAUUACUCACUCAACCCCACAGAUUACUCACUCAACCCCACAGAUUACUCACUCAACACCACUCAACAUCACAGAUUACUCACUCAACACCACAGAUUACUCACUCAACACCACUCAACACCACAGAUUACUCACUCAACCCCACAGAUUACUGACUCAACACCACAGAUUACUGACUCAACACCACAGAUUACUCACUCCACACCACAGAUUACUCACUCCACACCACUCAACACCACAGAUUACUCACUCAACACCACAGAUUACUCACUCAACACCACAGAUUACUCACUCAACACCACAGAUUACUCACUCAACCCCACAGACAAGUUGUUCUUAAAAAGAUAAUUUCCCUCAUCCCCUUAAGGGUGUAAACUUUUGAACAGGAUGCCCUUCAGAAGCUACAUGCGAUAUUUAUAUGUUUCCCAGAAGACAAAAUAAUAAUGACUUCCACCAGUCAUCCUGUUCAAAAGUUUACACCCCCCCGGCUCUUAACGUAUCGUGUUGCCUUCUUGAGCAUCAGUGAAUGUUUGCACCUUUUGUAAUAGUCGUGUACGAGUCCCUCAGUUGUCCUCAUUGUGAAAAGCUGGGUCUGAACAUCAUAUAUCUGCUGUUGGAAAGGGGUAAAUAUCCAGAAGAUGCUGGAAAAGUAAAGAAUGUGCAGGACCUGGAGGAUUUUUCUGAAGAUCAGUGGGUAGUUUAUCUGCUCAGGACAAACAAGGGACUCAUGAACAACUCUCACAAACAAACACAGUCGUGGAUCAUCCAGGAUGCCGAAGAGCGUUUGACGGAGUGUGUGAAGAUGAGCGUGACCUCGUGGUUCCUGGUGAGCAGCUCGGGCACACGCCACCGCCUGCCACGCGAGAUGAUCUUCGUUGGCCGGGAGGACUGCGAGUUGAUGCUGCAGUCUCGUAGUGUGGACAAACAGCAUGCUGUGAUCAACUAUGACCCGACCACAGACGAGCACCUUGUUAAAGACCUGGGCAGUCUUAAUGGGACAUUCGUGAAUGACCUUCGCAUCCCGGACCAGACCUACAUCACACUGAAGCUCUCUGACGUUGUUCGCUUUGGAUACGAUUCUCAUGUUUACAUCAUGGAGCGGAGCCAACACAAAGUCCCAGAGGAGGCUCUGAAGCAUGAGAAGUACACGAGUCAGCUGCAGGUGGGUGUGAAUCCUCUGGAGCUCGGGAAGACGGAGCAGGUGGACGAGAAGACCAGAGCUUCAGACGUGCCACGCUCCAACCACGAAAAGACAGAGCGGAAAUCCAAUACCGAGCCUCCAGUCUCCAAGCCCACUCCUUUGUAUGGCCAGCCCUCAUGGUGGGGUGAUGAUGAUGAUGAAGACCACAAGCGUGAGCCCGGUGAAUCAAUCAGCAACCACAGUAGUGCAGAGAAACAGAAGGAAGACUCCAGACAAGAGGUUAAUGGAUCCUCCUCUGAACACCAAGGAAAGACUGUUUACUUGAGUCGAAGGGAUGCAAGUUACUUUGAAAUUACCACCAAGGAAUUGCAGUCAAGGUCCAGAACUACAGAGCAAGAGGUCCAGGUGAUCCCAACAAAAGAGCCAGUCAAUAAAGCGCCGCCUACACCCCCUGUAAUGCAGAGCCAUGCCUCCUUCACCAUUGAGUUUGAUGAUUGCACUCCUGGAAAGAUUAAAAUCAAGGACCAUGUUACAAAAUUCUCCUUCCGUCAACGUAAGAACCCCAGCAAAGAAUCACUCGUCACGCCGACGGAGGUGAUGUCAUCAGAGAGCAAGGUGGCUGAUUGGCUGGUGCAGACUGACACGAGCGUGAUGAGGAGAAAUUCCAGGUCAGAUGAUCUUUACACGACCAAGAGUGACCUUUCCAUAAACAAAAACACUCUGAAAGAUGGACACCAUCAUGAGGAUGGGACACAAAGCGACUCUGAAGAUCCUGUCUCAAAUCCUCAGGACCUCUCAAAAGAGCUGACCCCCCAACAACUUUUCACUCCUCCAGAGAGAGAGGAACCUCCCAUGACCUCCACACCACGUUGUCCAAAUCAGCCAAAAAAGGACCCCCAGCAAGCGUUUGUCAUCAAUUUCCUUGAUAAUGAGGUACGCAAGAGUCGCUCUCAGUCCUUUACUAAUAGCGUGUCUCCAGCAGAAUUCCACAUGGCCCUUAAAAGAAGAACAGAGAAGACAAAAGGAGCUGUUCAAUCUGGAGAGAGUUUGACCUCCUCAGCUGUACAGAACACACCCACUCAGAGGUUCACUGUUCCUCUCAAAGGUUCUGAUGGUCCUCAGAGGGCUGGAUCACUGAGAAGAGAGAAGAGUGAUAUUCUUGGCAGUGCUUCGAACUUUUCUUCUCGCUCAGCGUCCUCGAGACCAUUUGGAAGCGUGGGUCGCAAGUCCAGAGUGGCACUGGAUUUUCUCACUGGCACGGAGUUUCUCACGGUGUCAAAACCCAGUUCCACAGACAAGUCGGAGAAGUCUCCAUCCUCUACAUACUCGAAGGCUUACAGCAUUGUUUCAGCGGUAGCAGAUAAUGCUUCCCAGUCUCAACCCUCAGCCAUGGAUCAGACUCAUGUCUUAUCCCCUUCCCAACAGCUAGAACCAUCAACACCCCUACUUACACCCAUAUCUACCAGUUGCGCAGAUGAGAAGACCCCUAAAGGUCCCAGGCAAGAAGAGGACGACACCUUGAGUGAUGCUGGCACCUACACCAUUGAGACAGAGGGACCUGAUAAAGAGGUGGAGGAGGCACGAAACCUGAUUGAUCAGGUGUUUGGUGUUCUUGAGUGCCCUGAGUACAGCACUCAGCCUUCAGGAGCAUCAGUGUAUAGAUCUGUAGAGGGUGACAGGGAGGCCCAGGAUAGCCUUCCAGUUAGUGAGAAUAAUCCUGACCCAACAUUGGGUCAUAAUCCAGGCUAUAGGGACCCAGCCACAGGUCCAGCACAGGCAGCGUCGAAGGGAUUGUCUACUGGGAACGCUAAAUGGGUUUCACGUUGGGCUAGUUUGGCUGACGGCUAUUCAGACUCUGGUCCAAUUUCAGGACAAAUCGACAUUUCUACACAGAUGGAUCUUUCAGGAGUCGGACAAAUUAUCCCUCAGUCUAUGCAUAACCGAACCAACGACAGCACAGGGGCAGACGACGGCCAGAUUUACAGAGCACGACGAAUUCUACCUCAGUUGCCCACAAGAGGGGAGGGGCAAGUGCCCCCACCUAGUAUUCAUGUACAGCCAGAAACUUAUGUGGAGAGGAACAUACAAGGUUCACUGCAAAAAGAUCAUCAGAAACUGUAUGUCUCAGCUGAUCUAGAUCCUGACAGUCUGAGUGAUGCUAGCAAGUCAGAUGAUGGUUCCAUCAUAGAGCUGGGUAGGAAAACUAGCACUGGAAAAGCAGAAAGGAUUUGCACUGAGGAUAAGGCGGACACAUCAUCUAAGCAAGAUGUAAUGGCAGACAAAAUGGUAAAGGAUCAAGAUUGUACCGCAAAGUUCUCUACAGCCACUCUAACUAGACAGCAAGGCAGCAGCCGCAAGUCCGGUGAUUCCAGCGUUUCUCCGCCUGGAAAGGAUGCCUCUACAUGCAAGGAAAACGCCGCGUCACUCAUGAGACAAGAGAGCUUUACCAAACAUCGGGCCAGUGACGACAUUCACUUUAUGAAAUUGCCCAAUAUCUCAAGUCCAGAAUCUAGCAAUGAUACAAAUGCAUUCAAAGGUGUGUGCAACCAAGACACUCAGUCUUAUCUGAAAGAGACCGAGAAUUCGCUCGCUGUUUUAGAAGCCAAACUCCAAGCGCAGAAGCACAACCGUGCCCCCUGCGCUCAGGAGGAGUCGCUUUCUGGGGAGUCAGAUGUAGACACAUCCAGCACCGUUAGUCAGCGUAGUAGUAAAAAUUCUGGCACUUCUGCCCCUAAAAAGCCUUUGAUCGUCUCUGAGCUACUGAAAGGGAAAAAAAGUGCUAGUCAGCGUGCUAAAGAGCAGAAUUUGUCGGGAAAUCUUCAGUCUCGGAAGUGCAGGGACAUUUCAGCAGACAGUAACUAUAAGGAAUCAGGGAAGACCUCUCAGCGCUCCACCAUGCAUCACUGGUCUGAUGCUGUUUCAGACCAAGAGUCAGGCACCCAACCUGUUCAUAGAAAGUACACCAUCCCACUUCAGAACGAAAGCUCUAGGAGAACCCUCAAGGGCACAGUGACCCAAGCACUAGCUCGUAUUGGCAGCUUUUCUGCGCCAAAGCCUACAAGGACGUCCAUGCUGCGCCGUGCCCGCCUCGGCGACGCAUCCGACAACGAUGGUACAGAGACUGACCGUACCUCUCAAAACUCGGACGCCAAUUCGUCUUCCGCCAAAACCCAGGAGAGCAAAAAGCUUUCUCGACUGGACAUAUUGGCUCUGCCCAGAAGGAGAACCAGCUCUUUCACUACACCCAGUGACACGGAGUCCUCAGCUGUCAGGACUGGCUUUUCCAACCGCUCAGAGGCAGAUUCUGGUUUCUCAGCACGUAAGGCUUCAGUACCUGACAUCAAGACUGGUACACAGAAGGGUUCUGGGACAACGGGCAGGCAACCAAUCAUCCGUGGGCGAUCCAGCAGCGCAAAAUAUACCAGCAGUACAGCCAGCUCCAGGAGACGUCAGAAGGGCUCAGACUACGCCUCCACUUCAGAGGAUGAAUAUGAAUCUAACUAUAGCAUGGUUAAACAUAAACGCUCCCACCAUUCAGGAGCCUUGCACAGCUCUAGAAUCCAGACUCCUGACCAGGUUCGGCCUCCGUCCAGAAGCAGAGACUCUGAAGGGGAGGGACACGAGAGUGACAAUUUCCAGAACUGGACAACUCAUAGUGCAGAGAUUGCCAGGCUGAGUCAGGACCUGGCUAAAGACCUGGCCAUCCUGGCCCAGGAAAUUCAUAACGUUGCCGGCGACGGUGAAACUCCGAAUACUGCCCCCGUUGAUGCUGCGGAACCUGCAUCUGCUGUAUCUAGCUGCAAGGAGUUACGGCAACAGAUUCCUGAGACCAGCCUAAACUACUCCAAAGUUCGACAAAGUUCAGCUAUGAGCAGGAAUCCUGACCAGACCGUUAGUGAUAAAGGGCUCAAACACCAGAGCUGGAAACAGGAACAGGUCGCUAUGGAUCAUUCGAUGCUGAAUCCUGUCUCCCAACUUUCCAUGGCUAUUCGAGAAAACACUGAGCAACUGACUGAGAAGAUCAAGCUUUUGUUUCAUAAUAAGAAAGAGGUGUGGGAGGAAAUAGAAACAGUGCUCGAUGCUGAUGAUGAUUCUCCACCUUUGGAAAGUCCAAACAAGGAAAUAAUGUCUAUUAUCCGAGAUCUCAGGGGAAUCCAGAAGCGGUUAGAAGUCAUCAACACAGUCAUCGAGCCCAGUGGAAAUGUCAGUCUGGUCAAGUCUUCGCCUGUAUUAAGCCGCUCUUCAGCAGGUCUAAGCAGCGUCAGAGCUUCCUCCAGAGACUGGAGAGCCGCUGCUCCUCAGCGGGCUGCAGGAUCCUCAGCCGGUGCUCGACGCUUUGGUAGGGGGAAUGAUGGUAGGGUUCUGUAGUAUGGGAGUAAGGAAGUCCUUCGUCUCCUACUUUUCUGUAUGCCAUGUCUACUAAAGCUGCUCAUUUAUACACUAUUGACCAAUGCUGUGAGAAUCCAUUUUUGACUUGGCCUUAAGACUGGGGUUCGGUAUUAAUGUGCGCAUUUGCACUUGUGCGUGUGUAUGUGCAUGCCUGUGUGAGUGAAAGAGCACCUUUUGCACGACAGUACAAGACUGAGAAUACUAAGCUGGUUAUUGGGAGUACUGCGAGAUUAGGUACAGGCACUUUGUAUAUGGGUGUCGUACUUGUACUGUAUAAUAUUUAUAAUGAAACUGUAUUUCAGUUGAAUCAUUGUGUUAUUCCCCCAAUGAUCGAUCUGAGAUGGGGAAAGUAAUUUAAAAAAGCAAAAACUUUACUUAGGGUGUUUUUUGGUUGUUGUUUGUUUGUUUGUUUGUUUUUUUAUGACCCGAUCAUUAAAGAAUGUAUUACGUUGGA